AUCCGAACUGAGCCGCUCUGAGUCGUGGAGCGCGGGGCCCUUGUCUGUGCGCGCAAGUGCCCACCUGGGGUUAGAUCCGCGUCUCGGACCUGCUCGGCCCAUGGACGAGACGAGCCCCUUAGUGUCUCCGGAGCGCGGCCUGGCCCCGGGAUAUGGGCUGCCCGGGGGUGCUGUGCGCUCCCCGCCCUGCCCCGCCGCUCCGAGCGCCCCUUCAGGACCGUGUCCGUGUCCUUCCCCGCAGGGAUCUCCCUCAGGUGGCCGCGACCGGGAGCGCCAGCCCCUGCUGGAUCGGGUUGGGGGUGCGGGGAUAGCUGGGGCAGCCCAGAUCCAGGCUCCAGUUGGGUUGGGGGUGGGAGCCGCCGCGGCCCGCGGGGAGCGGGAGACCCGGAACGAGUUCCCCGAUGACCCAGAAUUCGCUGAGGUGGUGCGGCUAGCAGAGCUGGCGAGCGAGCGUGGCAUCUACCCUGAGCGCAUCUACCAAGGCUCUAGCGGCAGCUAUUUCGUCAAGGACCCACAGGGGAAAAUCAUCGGUGUGUUCAAACCUAAGAAUGAAGAACCCUAUGGGCAAUUGAAUCCGAAAUGGACAAAGUGGCUGCAAAAACUUUGCUGCCCCUGUUGCUUUGGAAGAGAUUGCCUUGUCCUUAACCAGGGAUAUUUGUCUGAGGCAGGUGCUAGCCUUGUUGACCAGAAGCUGGAACUAAACAUUGUUCCCUGCACAAAGGUGGUACAUUUGGCCAGUGAAACAUUUAACUAUAGCGCCAUUGAUAGAGUGAAGUCCCGGGGCAAACGCCUGGCCCUAGAGAAAGUGCCAAAGGUUGGGCAGAGGUUUCAUCGAAUUGGACUUCCUCCAAAGGUGGGCUCCUUCCAGCUCUUUGUAGAAGGCUACAAGGAUGCAGAUUAUUGGCUACGGCACUUUGAGACUAACCCUCUCCCAGAGAAUACUAACCGCCAAUUGCUACUGCAAUUUGAGAGAUUGGUGGUGCUAGACUAUAUCAUUCGCAACACUGACCGGGGUAAUGACAACUGGCUGAUCAAGUAUGACUGCCCCCUGGAUAGCACAAAUGUACGGGACUCAGAAUGGGUAGUGGUAAAGGAGCCUAUAAUCAAAAUAGCUGCCAUUGACAAUGGCCUGGCUUUCCCUCUUAAACAUCCAGAUUCCUGGAGAGCAUACCCUUUCUAUUGGGCAUGGCUGCCCCAGGCCAAGAUGCCCUUUUCCCAGGAGAUCAAGGACCUGAUCCUGCCAAAGAUUUCAGACCCCAAUUUUGUCAAGGAUCUAGAGGAAGACCUCUACGAACUCUUCAAGAAAGAUCCAGGUUUUGACAGGGGGCAGUUCCACAAGCAGAUUGCUGUCAUGCGCGGUCAGAUCCUGAACUUGAUGCAGGCCUUGAAAGAUGGGAAGAGCCCUCUUCACUUGGUUCAGAUGCCUCCUGUCAUUGUAGAGACAGCUCGCUCCCAUCAACGCUCUGCCAGUGAGUCAUACACACAAAGCUUCCAGAGCCGCAAGCCUUUCUUUUCCUGGUGGUAGCAGUAGGCUCUGCACUCAUCGCAGAACCUGAGUGGGGGAGUAUCGCUUGACAGCAGGCAACCAAUCCUUCAGAUGGAGGUGGGCGUGCUGCAGCCAGUGAGAGAUGUAGGCAGGCACUCCAGUUGGCCUGAACUCUGCACAUUCCCAGCAGGAAAGGAGGAUCCUUCAUCAAACUGACGGCUGCUCCCCUGUUGUGGUGGGCUGGACAUUGCUGCUUGCCAGCCUUAGCACGAUGCAUCAUCCAGCAGGUGCCUGCAUGCAGCACCCUUUGGUUCAAGCCAUCCCUCUAACACCCAUCUGGGUGGAGAACAUGUGCUGUCCUCUGCCUGGGAAGGUUGGUGAUGAGAUUAACCAAGUUGGAUGGAAGUUCUGCUGCUCUUUGUGAAACUCGCCAGCCUUCAUACUCCUUCCUGUUUUGCUGCACUCUCUCGUUAAUCCUGCUGAAGAUGGCAGGAUCUCCUGCCCUGCUAAGCUUGCUCUAUUACCCUUGGUCUCAUAGAGGUAUUCCUAGUGAUCUGUAUCCUGGGGCUAUCCAUAGGGAGCCUGGCCCCAGUAACCAGCUGCUUCUGGAGGAAUCCAAAUUGGGGCAGAGGGAAGAUUUUACGUAUUGGUACAGGGCCUGUUGUAGCCCCUUCUUUCUGCUUGGGGUAGUGCUAAAAGCUAGGAGUAAGUGGGUACUAAAAGAGCCCUGGUAUGGGAAAGCGUAACUGCUUUCUUUCACUUUGUUCAUGCUGCACAGGCAGUACAAGCCUCAACUAGUGAUUUUAAUUUGGUUUUAAAUUAUUCAUCCCAUGUACAUAUGCUCCUGCUCCACAUAGUCCCAGAGCAAGCAAGAAGAUGAGUUGGUAUCCUAGCACGGUUAACUUGAGCUAGCAUUUCACACUCACCUUCUACAGUCCCUAGAAUACAGUUCCUCCGUUCUAGAAGUACUCAGUGAUGGAGAAAGGCUCUUACCAGAGGUGACUGUCUUAUUUCCUAUUGAGGUGGAAACCUUCCCUGGGUUAGGGUUGGGCACUGACAAUCUGGGUGGAAAAAUUCUUUGUGGGGUGCACCCUACUGACUUGGGAGAGAUGUCCUCUGCAGCCUAGCAAGAGGAAGUACUGUGGUUAGGAUCACUACCACACUGAGGCUAAGCCCUUUCUACAAUGGAAUGGUAAUGAAUGCUGCUUCUUUAUAGGUUACUGUGCUAAAUCCCUGGUAACAAAAAUUUCCCACCUCAAGUUGUCAGUAUAAGUAUCCCAGUCUCUCUGGGUGCUAUUGAUGUGGCUGUUGCCCAGACCUUUAAAGAGAAUUAUUGUGCCAAGUGGAGUCUAGCUUCCCUCCUGUUCUCACUAAGGGUCUGGUACUCUGUAAGUGGGUUUCCCUUCUCCUGAUGGUCCUGGCUUGAGAGACAGUUCUGUGCUCUGUUCCUGAGGUGCCAGGCCGAAGCUGCUCUACUUGGCUUUAGGGGAUACUUUUCCUUUUUGCCAGCCUGAACCGAAAUGUAUUGUUCUUAUGCACUGUAGAAAUGUAUGUAAUAUAUUUAAAUCAAUGCAAGUAUCUUCAAAACAGGUCUGCAGGUGCAGAGCCAGCCUCUGUUGUGGUUUUAUGUGUCUGAAUAUUAUCAGGAACUAAAUCUUUUCCCCCUCCCUACCUCACUUCCUGCAAUCAUGCCUUUAUAUACAAUGGCACUCAGCUUCCCUGCAGUUUAUAUCUUCCUGUUUAGUGUAGCCGGAUACAUCCUCUACUGGAAAGUUCCUCCUUUUGGUUGCCUUAUUCCAGCUUUCCCAGUCUGAUGCCCUCCAGGUAUGUUGGAUUGCAGCUCCCAUAGUUUCCAGCCAAUCAGCACUGGAAUUAUGGCAAUUGUAGAGCGACCCAUCUGGAAGGUGCUAGGCUGGGGGAAAGCCACCGUAUUUGUAUUGUAAAGCAUGGUAGGGGAAAUUGCUUUGUGACUGGCAGACAAGCCACCACCUGUUGCUUUUAGAGCUAUUGGGAGUAUAAAUAAUGUAUUCUAACCUCAUGACAUGGUUGGAAAUAUUAUUUAACAUAGCGAUUAUAAUUGCCUUGGCCUGUUCAUAUUCACACAUCUGUUCUGGUCACAUUAAAUCUGUACAGUUAAUGAAAA